AUGGAUCGCGAUUCCAAUCCUACUGCCAUUGGUAACGAAGUCGCCUACUCGGACGCUCGUGACUUGGGAUGGCGCUUUGGAAUAGCUCGUAACUGGAGUACCAAAGCUUUCUCCUUCCAUUUUGACGGCACCCGUGUGCGAGCGGGCCGAACGUUGUCCAUAUCCGUUGACGUGCAUGAGCCAUGGACACGCCGCGCCGGGCAUCACGAAGAUGUCAAUGUGUCUGUGGUCCAGGAAAAGCCCCUUCCGAACUACACCACAGAGCUGUAUCAGCUAGGCUCCUUCUCGUGGAAGCAGCACAACCAGGCGUGGCAAUGUACGGUUACCUUCACGAUGAUGGAAACGAUCUGUAUGGACACCUUCAGGGUACACGAAAAGAUGAGGUCCACACUGACGAAGUCACUCUCGGAUGGUCGCGUGAUCGACACGCGGUUUUUCGCAUACUCUCAACGCCUGAGGUCCGGCCAAGUGGGCGCUCCACUACCUAUCUUUGUGAACAGCGCUCUUCUGAAAGACAGGUCGUCCUACUUUCAUACAUUACUCUGUGGAGAAGGGUAUGCGGAAUCCUCGCUGGAAAAGCUUGACUCGCAGUUUCCGUCCACGGAAGAAUCUGCUGUGGAAGAGUUUGAAUACGAAUCCGAUAGUGAUUUGUUGGAACCACCGGACGUCAACGACUUCCCAGCGGAUGAGCCUAGCGAUGUAAAUCCUCAGGAACAGGUAGACUCAGGAGCUAUUGGGGGACUUCAAAGAGAUAAUAGUAGUGCUAGUUCGCGCGGUGUCACCUGGGGAAGAUCAGUUGUUAUCAAAGACGUUGCGUACACCACUCUGAAAGCCCUCAUCUUUUAUCUGUAUACCGGCGAAAUCAAUUUCGCCCCGCUCAACUCAGAAAAGCCGUCUGCGAUACCGCGGAGUGUCCAAGACGUCGAUGACGUGUCACCGCCCCAGUGCUCUCCCAAGUCUAUGUAUCGCCUAGCAGAUAAGAUUGACCUGCCGGAACUGAAAACACUGUCUGCCGAGGCAAUUCUAGGGAGCCUCUCGGAGAAGAAUAUCAUCGAGGAGGUUUUCAGUAAGUUUACAUCCAGGUACGUGGUGUUCGGAUAG